UCGACUUUGGGGAGUUGAUUAACCAAGUCUUUGUCUUCCUUACCCACCACCCUCGAAAUGUUUCAACUCUUUUCAUCAUCAGUCUCCUCCGUCUCUCCUUCACUAAUGUUCAUUCCCAAACUCUCUCAAUAGUUCCAAUUCACAUAAAAAAACACACCAACAAAUGUUCCCUUAUCUACUCUCAAUUGCAGUCCCUCUCUACUUCUUCCUCCAUCUGAGUACUUUUUCACUGGCCAUCAACUCCCCUGGUCUUCAUUCCCAACAGCUUGAUCACGUUGCCGUUAACUGUGGCUCCUCCCGCAACUCAACUGCAGAAGAUGCCCGGCAAUGGGUCGGAGAUACCGGUUCCAAUUACAUCACUACAUCACAUGGUUCAAAGAGCAAAUUGAUCAGCUCAAAAGACGCUCUCCAACGCCUCCCCUCUAAUCCAGUCCCUUACAUGACGGCCCGGCUCUCCCGUUGGCCAUUCACCUACACAUUCCGAGUCAAUCCAGGUCAGAAACUUAUACGUCUCCAUUUCUAUCCAGCUUCGUACCGGGGUGGUUUCAUAAGGUCUAAGGCCUUGUUUAGAGUGAAAGCUGGUCCGUAUACCCUUCUUAGCAACUUUAGUGCUUCCCUUACUGUUGAUGCUUUUGGCUUCCAAUAUCUGGUUAAAGAGUAUUGUGUGAACGUGGAAGAAGAUCGACCGUUAAUCAUAACGUUCUCCCCGUCACGACUUGGGAAUUCAGAUGAGGUAUAUGCUUUUGUCAAUGGGAUUGAAAUCAUCUCAAUGCCAGCUGCACUUUAUCAUACUCGUGAGGGUAAUCCACCUGCACAGAUUAUUGGGAAGAGUUACCUGUUUACCAUAGAUAACGACAUUGCUCUGGAGAAGGUACACCCAUUAAAUGUUGGCAGAAGCUCCAUUUCCUCCAUAGAAGAUAUGGACUCGAAUUAUCUGCUAGAAAAAUCAAGUGUAAGGCCAGUUACUACCACGACUAUACCACCAUACACUGCUCCUCGGAAAGUUUAUCAAAAAUCUUGGUCAAUGGUUCCGGACAAGCUACCAAACAAGACCGAAUUCAAUUUUACAUGGAGAUUACCAGUGGAUUUGGGAUUUCGGUACUUGCUUAGGUUUUAUUUUUGUGAACUUGAAUACGAGAUAAAAGAGAGUGGCAGCAUGAAGUUUAGUAUCUUUUUUAAUGAACAAGUUGUUGAGGCUAAAGGUGACCUUAUCAAGUGGAGCGACGAAAAUGGGGUCGUUGUGUACAAGGACUAUGUGGUGAUGAUGGAAGGAGAUAGGAUCGAGGGCAAGCGUGAUUUGCUCAUAGCGUUGCACCCACACAGUAAUGAAUGGACGGAACCAAUUGAUGAAACUCUAAAAGGGUUAGGGGUAUUCAAGUUGAGCAACCCCGACAAAAAUCUUGCUGGGGUGAACCCGAUGCCGCCAGCACGUGCUUUGACAUCUCGAAAGCCCAAGAGGUUAGUGUUUGCUUCUGGAGGAAAUGCCAUUGCAACUGGUGUAGUAAUUUUACUCACUGUGUUGAAUAUCAUGGUUUACCAAUUGCGUAGCUUAGGUGAAAAUAGUAUGGGAAGAAAUCUCUCUUGGUCAACAUCGGAGGGGUUGUGUCGUCGUUUUUCACUUGUUGAGCUCAUAUCAGUGACUAAUAACUUUGAUGAUGAAUUGGUGAUUGGAAGUGGUGGAUUCGGUAAGGUCUACAAAGCACUAAUUGAUGAUGGAGCAACAACGGUUGCCUUAAAGCGGUUGAAUUUGAAGUCUAAGCAAGGGGCAAACGAGUUUUGGACAGAAAUCGAAAUGCUUUCCAAGCUUCGGCACACACAUCUGGUUAGUCUUUUAGGCUAUUGCGAUGAAUGCAAUGAGAUGAUCCUUGUCUAUGAGUUUAUGGAGCAUGGUACACUUGCCGAUCAUCUCUACAAAUUUAAAACCAAUGAUAAUGGUAUCAUAGGCCAUAUGCCAUGGGAGCAAAGGCUCAACAUUUGUAUAGGAGCUGCUCGUGGAUUGGAUUACCUCCAUACAGGUAUUCCGCAUGGUAUAAUACACCGAGAUGUGAAGACCACAAACAUUUUAUUGGACAAGAACUGGGUAGCCAAGAUUUCAGAUUUUGGGUUGUGUAAAGUGGGCUCCACAAGCCAUUCCCACACGCACGUUAGCACAGAUGUUAAAGGCACAUUUGGGUAUUUGGAUCCAGAGUAUUUCUUGACCCGGAGGCUAAGCAAGAAAUCAGAUGUGUAUGCCUUUGGUGUCAUGAUGUUGGAAAUGCUUUGUGGGAGGCCAGCAGUUGAUACAAAGGUCGAGGAGGAGGAGCGUAGUCUAGUCCUCUGGGCGCAACAAGGCAUCAAAGGGAAAAAACUUGAUCAACUCAUUGACCCCAAGUUGAAGGACCAAAUCUCGCCACAUUGUCUAAAGGUGUUUGUGGAAGUUGCUAAUAAUUGCUUGGAUACUCGUCCAAAGGAACGGCCUACAAUGGCUGAUGUGGUGGUGAGACUCGAGUACACUUUGGCUUUGGAGAAUCAAUGCAUGGGCCCUUCCACUUCGGCACUAUAUAGUGCGACCACCCGAGGCCAGAAUAGGUCAAAGGGAAAGGUAAGCAAGGUGUUUCAGAGGAGUAUUGAAUUUCUAGCUAAAGGUGUUGAUAUCAAGAGGAAAAAAAGAAACGUCUAUGAAUCCAAUGGUGAACAAUCACUUUCGGCCCAUAGUUCGACACGUCUAAGAUUGCAAUGGAAAAAUGUCACUCUUCCAUUCCGUCGCUUCCCAGUAGGAAGCAACAUCCCUAGGAACUUCUCGUCCUUGGCUGCAAAGGGCGGCCAUGAGGCAUAUCUAAAAGGACAGAUUUUACCCACCCCCAAUUUAAGGAUCUUCAGCUUCUUAGAAUUGAAGACUGCUACUAAAAAUUUCAGAAAGGAUAGACUGUUGGGAGAAGGAGGCUUUGGGAAAGUUUACAAGGGUUUGCUUGAGGAGAACGGUAGUAGAUUGGUCUUCGCCGUCAAGAAGUUGAACCGAAAGAGCAUGCAAGGAUUUAAGGAAUGUCAGUCGGAGCUUAACUUCUUAGGAAGUUUUUCUCAUCCUAACCUUGUUAAGCUAUUAGGAUACUGUUGGGUAGAGAAUGAGCUACUCCUUGCCUAUGAAUUCAUGCCAAAGGGCAGCUUGGAGAACCACCUUUUUGGAAGGGACUCUGAUGUUCAGCCACUUCCAUGGGACAUUCGGCUUAAUUUACUAAUAGGAGCAGCUCGAGGGCUGGAUUUUUUGCACUCAUCGGAAAAACAAGUAAUUUACAAAGAUUUCAAGAUGUCAAACAUAUUGCUAGAUGAGUCCUACAAUGCCAAGAUGUCAGACUUCGGUUUGGACAAAUUGGGUUCCUCAGGUAGUGAAACACAUGUGUCAACGAAGGUUAUAGAAACGUAUGGCUACACUGCUCCGGAGUAUAUUGCCACAGGGCACUUGACCAUGAAGAGCGAUGUGUAUGGUUUUGGUGUUGUAUUGGUUGAGAUGCUUACAGGCUUAUGUGUCCUUGAUACAAACCUUUCAAGUGCAAAACAUAAUCUGGUUGACUGGGUCAAACCAUAUUUGCCCCAAAAAAGAAAGUUGAUAAACAUAAUGGACUCCAGAUUGGAAGGGAAGUAUCCUUCAAAAGCUGCUUUCCAAAUAGCUCAGGUUGCUCUAAAAUGUCUUGGACGCGAACCAAAAACUAGGCCAUCAAUGACAGCAAUUGUGGAGAUGCUGGAACGUAUAGCUGCAAGCAACGAAAAACCCAUGGAUCCUGUGCGUCAUUGACGUCCACUUCCCCCCAGGGAAGACGCAAUUCAUUCCUAUCAACUAGCGCAAAGAGCAUGGUAACUUCAAUAUGCUGCUUCCCCUGAAGAGCGAUGUUUCCAUAUGAAGCUGGUUGUUUCUAAUUAUAUUAAACUCUCUUUUUUUUUCUUCUACCUUGUCACCUCCUGAAAAUUGUAAUUGGUUUGGUCGUUCUAGUGGUGAUUUGUAUGUUUGCAAUCAAAAUGCAACUAUUGAUGCUA